CACCAUCCAACUCCACCGCGGCGUCCUGCUGCUCCGGCCUCAGCUCAGCCUCUUAUCCUCUCUCUCUCUCUCAUCGAGAUUUCUUUGUCCUUGCUCGCGGUGGACGGACGGACGGACGCACGCGCCGGCGCAGGUGGGUAGCGAGCGGGCGGCUGGCCAGCGGGCGUGCUGAUCCGUUGAGGAGGAGGGGGGGGGGGGGGGUUGGAUCUUGUGGUGUGUAGGCGGUGGCGGCGCAUGUCCACGGCGGUGGCGCGGGGGAUGAUGACGGCCGCGCACGGGUUCCGUGGGGCGGGGGGGAAGGGGAAGGCGCCGGCGGUGGAGGAGGAGGUGGAGAGGGAUAGCAACGGGUUUUUCGUGGAGGAGGAGGAGGAGGGAGGUGAGGUGGAGGAGCUGUCGGAGACGUCGUCCAUCGGGGCGCCGUCGUCGGACAGCUCGUCGAUCGGGGAGAACUCGUCGUCGGAGAAGGGCGGCGCGGCGGCGGCGGAGGAGGGGGAGGAGGUGGAGAGCAAGGCGAAGGAGGAGGUGGUGGUGGUGGUGGAGGGGCUCGGGCUCCAUGGAUUGGGGACGCUCGAGUCCUUGGAGGACGCCCUGCCCAUCAAGAGGGGCCUCUCCAACUUCUACGCCGGCAAGUCCAAGUCGUUCACGAGCCUGGCCGAGGCGGCGGCGAAGGCGGCGGCGAAGGAGAUCGCCAAGCCGGAGAACCCCUUCAACAAGCGACGCCGCGUCCUCGCCGCGUGGUCGCGGCGGCGCGCGUCCUGCAGCGCGCUGGCCACCACCUACCUGCCCCCUCUCCUCGCCCCCGACCACGCCGUCGUCGAGGAGGAGGGGGACGAGGACGAGGACGACUCCGACGCAGAGCAGUGCAGCAACGGCAACGGCCGGAGCCGCCGGGAGCCGACGUUCCCGCCGCCGAGGCUGAGCCUGCACGCCCAGAAGGGCGGCGGCGCCAUGGCGAGGAGCCCGAAUCCUUCCUCCUUUAGAUCUCCUAGGUCAUUCUCCCUCUCCGAUCUCCAAAAUGCAGGCUCCUAUAACUAGCUCAAGAAAUUUAGGCUGCUUCCGAAAAAAAUUAGGUGUGAGAGAUCAUCAUCAUAGUGUUGUUACUGCUGCUGCUGCUGCUAUAUGAUCAAGAUAUAUAUAACAACAAAAAAAGAACUCCA